CAUAGAUGUAGUUGUUUUUAAUAGCCUUUCGGUUUAACUCUUUAAUUCUGAACACUAAAUGAGACUUAGUUUUUGUUUUAGAAGUCUCAAAAAGCAUAGAUAUCAAAAUGAAACAGCUUGUGCCCAUAUUGUUAAUGACGGUGACUAUACGGGUCAUCGACUCUCAAAAACAAGACGAAACAAAAAAUAUCGAAUUUAAGUGGCCAAUAAACGAGGGUGAACAAAGUCCGUUGAAAAAUCAAGAAAUCAAUAAAAUUAUUAAUGAUAUCAGCGAUGAUAAUCUCAAUGAUGAAGUGGUAUAUAAAAGUACCUUUCAAGAGAGACUUAAGAUGCUACCCGUAAAAGUGGUUUUACAAUUAAUGAAAGCCAAAAACGGAUUAUCAAAUGGUAUGGCUAAAACUAUGCAAGGAAAUCGCAGAAUGAUGGAAGGUUUACUAGACUCAUCUGGAACACUGUUUGAUAUACUAAAAGACGGCUUUGGGAAUAUGCGUACAUUGGUUUUUGGCAAUUAAGAAGUUUAAACGUUUUUAUAACUGCUUAAUCAUAAAUGAAUUAAAUAUAGUAAUAACUAUUUGCUUUAUAUUUCGCUAAUUUGCGACGAGGAUGACAUAACCAAAAAAAUACGAUGUUUUAAGGUAAUUAUAUAAUAAAGCUAUAAUAAAGCCAUUUCUUGAAAAUGUAA